CGUGCGCUGUUUCUUCGCUCCCCUCAGGCGACGGCGGCGGGAAUGGCGGCGGGAAGAGCGGCGGCUCUGCUGGCCCGGGGCGCUGGAGCCGCCAGGGCACUGGCCUUUGGGUGCCUCCGCAGACUGCACACGGUGUACCAGUCAGUGGAGCUGCCAGAAACACACCAGAUGCUUCGUCAAACGUGCAGGGACUUCGCAGAAAAGGAGCUAAUGCCUCUCGCAGCUCAGCUGGAUAAAGAACACCGCUUCCCAGCCGAGCAGGUGAAGAAGAUGGGUGGCUUAGGGCUGCUGGCUGUGGAUGUGCCUGAGGAGUACAAAGGAGCAGGCCUUGACUACCUGGCUUAUUCCAUUGCCGUGGAGGAGAUCAGCAGGGGCUGCGCAUCCACGGGUGUCAUUGUCAGCGUCAAUAAUUCUCUGUAUCUAGGGCCAAUACUCAAGUUUGGCUCUGAGGAACAGAAGCACAAGUGGAUUGCGCCCUUCACCAGUGGAGAGAAAAUUGGCUGUUUUGCCCUUAGUGAACCAGGAAAUGGCAGUGACGCAGGGGCGGCAUCCACGGUGGCACGCCUGGAGGGUGACCAGUGGGUUCUGAAUGGCACCAAGGCCUGGAUCACCAACGCUUGGGACGCUUCGGCCAGUGUGGUGUUUGCUACUACGGAUAAAUCCCUGAAGCACAAGGGCAUUAGUGCGUUCCUGGUUCCCAUGCCAACUCCUGGGCUGUCACUAGGGAAGAAAGAAGACAAGCUGGGAAUCCGAGCCUCUUCCACUGCCAACCUGAUAUUUGAGGACUGUCGGAUACCCAAGGCAAACCUACUGGGGCAGCCAGGAAUGGGCUUCAAGAUUGCCAUGCAAACUCUGGAUGCAGGAAGGAUUGGUAUCGCCUCACAGGCUCUUGGCAUAGCACAGGCAGCUCUGGACUGUGCUGUGGAUUAUGCUGAGAAGAGAAUGGCCUUUGGGUCACCCAUCACAAAGCUACAGGCAGUGCAGUUCAAGCUAGCAGAUAUGGCUGUGGCAUUGGAGGGUGCGCGCUUGCUGACCUGGAGAGCUGCUAUGCUGAAAGACAAUGGGAAGCCCUUCACAAAGGAAGCAGCGAUGGCUAAGCUGGCUGCAUCAGAAGCUGCAACAGCCAUUGCUCAUCAGGCCAUCCAGAUCCUGGGCGGGAUGGGCUACGUGACAGAGAUGCCAGCAGAACGCCAUUACCGCGACGCUCGCAUCACUGAGAUCUAUGAGGGCACCAGUGAGAUCCAAAGACUGGUGAUAGCAGGUCAAUUGCUGAAGGCCUACCGUGGCUGAGGAGGCCGAGUAGUGCCAGACACUGCCCUAGAGUGCCUUGAAACAGAGAACACCAGCGAUGGAAUCUUGGCCCUCUCAAACAAGGCUAAUGAUGGAAGAUUUCCUCACCAAUGAGUAACCCUCUUGUUAAAAAUGUGCUGAUUCUUCUUUGGACAAAGUACAGUGCUUGGAAGGCCGUAUCUAGGUUAGUAAGUGAUGGCUGUAAGUGCAGGUAGGAGGAGGCACCCUGUCCUUGUAGGGGAGUGUAGGUCUUUUCCUAAACCAGAGUGUUGUUUUGGUUUGGCAGCAGCAAAAAUGACUUUGCUGUUUGGUGAAGUCAGCAGCUAUCCUUGCGCACUUCCUAGCUACUGCUUGUUUUGCAAGGAUUUGUCACUACAUGGUACUUGAUGACCAGUGCCAGAAUUAGAGGUGCUGAGACACUUGACCCCUGUGCUCUGUUCCAGGCUGGAGGUUACACUGCCUCUGCUGAUCAGAUGUCAAUGAAUUUCAGGUGUGAGAUGCUCCCAGUUGGACACAGGCUGUGCUGAGGUAGUCCUUGCAGCAGUGCACAUUUCCCCACUUCCAGCAGGAGAGGAGCCAGGCGGGAGAAUGCAGGUACUAAUUAUGCACAAAGGGAAUGUUGUACAGGCUGUCUAUGUAGAUGUACAAAGGUCAGGAAAACCCUCUCAGUCUUGGCCAGUAGAGCCCAGCAGCCUGCCUGCUCAUGCACUUAAAAAAAUGUAGGUGUAAAAGCAAAGGACAGAAAAUCUACAAUGCCUGAGACUUGAUUAAAAAAAAACAACCCACCACCACAAAACCUCUGCUCCCAAAGCUGCUUUUACUAUAUCAACAACUACCCAACAGGAAAGAGUGCAUGAAAUGGCAGUAACAGCCUUUAAUCUACAUGUUUUGGGCAGCAACUAGGCAAUGAACAGAUGACAUCAAAAAACCUUACCAGAAGAUUUAGCAGUAGCACAUAGCCUCAGUCAGUUACCUUCGGCAGUAAAUUAACUUGUAGAAGAUUCAACAGCCAAAAGAAAAGCUCCAAGCUCAGGAAAAGAUGGAGAGAAUUAAGGCUACAGCCUGUGUGGCCUGCCCUCUCGUCCAAAUGAUGAGUACACUAAAGAUUAUUUUUACUGUGGUGCCAUUUAUUUCAAUUUCUGUGGAAAGAAAAACCAAGAGGAUUCUACUACACAUAAGAAAACAGAGAAGACAAAUAAAACCUGAUUUUAAAAGGA